AUGCGACACCACGGCGACGCAUCCGUUUUGGUUUUCGCCACUCCAAGCCAACAAGCCCUCAACAAGGCACCGAUUGCUGCAUCCCGCGUCCGUGUUCGAGUUCGCACGGGAUGCUUCACCUGCAAGACACGUCGUGUCAAGUGCGACGAAACUAAGCCUCACUGUCUACGAUGCACUCAAACUGGACGCAAGUGUGACGGCUAUCCACGUGACCAGCGCCCUAGCUUACUAACCACAUCAUUCUAUUCCCUGCCCUUUCGGAUCCCAGGGAGCCAGCACGAUCGCCAGAUCUUCCACUACUACUACAUUCAUGCCGCCAGGGACCUCUGCGGCUUUUCCACAGGCUCCUCUUCCUUUUGGCGCCAGCUAGUAUUCGAAUUGGCCUUCCAGCUGCCUGUCGUUCGGGAGGCGCUCAUCGCUCUGGCGUCAAUCCACCGCGAUUAUGCGACUUUCAGUCCGGCCAGCAACGUCGCCGAGGGCCCUUCUAGCAUUACUUUGACCCAGCACAACAAGGCCCUUCGCCGCUUCCGAAUUUACCUAUCCCAAAGCCCGGAUCCGAAGAAGGAGGCCGUCAUAGUCUGCUGCAUUCUGUUCCAUUGCUUCGAGAGCGUUCGGGGCGAAUAUGAAUGGGCAGUCAAACACCUAGAUACUGGACUCAGGCUCCUCGAGUCUUGGCACCCUGGCUCUCUCUCUGGUCCCGCGCCUUUGAUCCAAGCUUUAAAUUUUCAUGAGAACUUAGACACCCUGCGAACAACUCUCAUUCGCCUCGAUAUGCAGCUCUCUGUCUUCAAGGACGAUCGGAUACCGUCGUUCGCCCUAGUUUCAAAAGACGUAACCUCUGGACAGUCGGACUGCACCCCUUCACAUUUCCAUUCCCCGGCCCAAGCACAGCAGACGCUAGAAACGUUGCAGAACUGGCUUCUCCAUUUUCUCAUUAGCUAUGCGCAGUACAAAUUCCUCCCGCCCGGGGCCAUGCCCUACAGUGUUUCGCGCGAGCUACACGCGCUCCGGACCCAAUUCGCACGUUGGGAUACUGCCAUCCAAGAACUCACCCCGCGUGCGCCUUCAAACGCUACGGAGUUCAGAGACGUCGGACUCGCAAAGACCAUCUCGUUCAUGAAGCUCACCUACAAUAUUUGUGUCGCCGUGCUGUCCUUCUCGUAUCCCCAGCCCGCGGAGGAGCCGGCUGUCGACAUGCAGCUUCGAACACUGCUAUCCGAAAUCGAGUUGCUGUUGCUCUUUCAAUCCUCCAGCUCCGGUGACGGCGACAACUCGCUGCCGAGAAGCGUCUCUUGCGACACGGGAAUCGUGAUGCCGCUCUUCCUGCUCGCAGUAAAGUGCCGCGAUGCGCCACUCCGUCAUCGCGCCCUCACUACACUAUCCACCCUAUCGAGGCAAGAAGGUCUGAUGAAUGCGAAGAUGAUGUUAGGGAUUGUGGUCAAUGCGAUGAGGCUCGAGAUUGCGGGAAGCAAGUUCCCAACUGAAGGAGAAACGCCGGCUGUGGAGGAGUGGGCGGGGAGCCUGAUUGAUGUGGCGGGGGAUUAUCACGCGUUAGCUGUGUUGCUGGGAGUUUGA